AUGGCUGCACAACAGAAAGACAACGAGAUGCUUGAGCUCGGCAGGGGGCUGCGUGGAACCCCCUGGUGUGAAGAGUACGAGAAGAUGAUCUCUGGAAUGCUGUAUAACCCCUUACACCCGAGACUUUUGGAGGGGCGCCACAAUGCCCGCUGCAAGGCCUUCAAAUACAACAACCUGGAUCCAAACAGCGGAGACUACGAGCAAAUUGCUGAUAAGCGCUCCGAGUUGCUCUCUGACAUGCUUGGCAAGGUUGGCACAGGCACUUGCAUCGAGACACCUUUUUACCCAGACUACGGCUGCAACGUGUCGAUUGGUGUGAACUGUUUCAUGAAUUUCGGGCUGACCAUCCUGGACACAAGUCUUGUCAUUAUUGGUGACAGGGUGCAGAUGGGCCCCAAUGUUCACAUAUACACUGCUGGUCACGAGACAAGUGUGCUUUCCCGCAUCAAGUUUGUAGAGUUUGGCCACCCCAUCCGCAUCGAGGAUGACUGCUGGAUCGGGGGGAAUGUCACCAUUCUUCCUGGGGUUACUAUUGGCCGGGGAUGCACUGUUGGUGCCGGCGCGACCGUGACGAAGAGCUUGCCAGCCUACUCCAUCGCCUUGGGGUCGCCGGCGAGGAUCGUUAAGACAAUUCCCUCAGUUGAGGAGGAGCUUGCCGAUCCCAGCAACCCGUACCGCAACAUGCCAGAUAGAGAUUAG